CAACUUCUCGUUGGACGCAAGCCAGUCUGCGACCUCAACCCAUCAAUUACAGAUGGCUUUCUAAACUCAUUUUCUCCCCCUGUCGAAAUGGCGCCUGGGUCACUGAGCCCUGUGUACUUGCCGGAUCUAGGCAAAUGCUUCACGGGCGACUUACUGCUAUCAUCUUGGGAUGAUCUUUUGGAUGCGAUCCUGUCUCAUGAUCCCAGGAGAUGUGAGAAAGCCAUCGAAAUUUUGUCUGGGGACCGCCCCAAGCACGUCCUCUCACAGACGAUUCCCACCUUCCCUUCACCCUCCACCAACUCCAAAACCGCCUUCGACACCACCGCUGGUGCAAUACCCACAGUUAGCGAUCUCUAUGAUGUCGCUCAGAUCAAAUCCGACGCCUUGUGGUUGAGCAAACAAGAGAAUCUGGAUGAGCUAGAAUCUUUGCGGGUAGUGGUCUUGGAGUGGCAGUAUCGACCAGAAGCUCGUAUCAGUCAUGGCCUCUCCGAGGCUGAAAGUGCAAGCCUCGGGCAAAUUCAGCGUACCGGCCAUCUGGACACUGCAAGGCAGCUCAAGACCCGUGGCGACGACCUUGAUUUUGAUGGGCUAGAUGCACGUCGCUCAAGACUCAUAUCCCGGUUUUUGGAACAGAAGGUCGUGGCCCUUCGCAUACAUCGAGAACUUCUCGAUCUUCAAGCGUUGCCCGAGCAGCUUCCAUACUGGUUCCCCAAGCUUAGCGGUCUUGCCGCCGAUGUGCUGGCAAACGCACCAAAUGAAAGCCUUGAUGAGAGUCUGCAAGCAUAUCUGAAUGUCAUUUCAACGCAGCUUAUCGAUCUACACUCUCCCCACAAGUGGGACCUCAACGAAAACCAAUGGCCAACUCUAGACGAUGCCUUCCACACAUCUACCCUCCAACUUGUUGCUGCCACAAUAGAAGAAGUUCUCGUCAAAGUCAGAAGCAGUAACACCCCGCCCUCAACUGACUCUUUGCUCUCAUGGCUCAGGCUCAUGCUUGCGUAUGGAUUCUUUGACUCCUUCACCUCCAUUAUACCUAGGCAACAAAACACGAUCAAGAGGUUGCAGGCCGCCGCAGCUCUUACAAGUGCGAGUCUGUUCAAUCUAGGGCAUUCUAUCUCAACUUUGGCCGAAGCUGCUUCUUCAAACUCAUCUGUCCGUUCUUCGCGCCCGAACUCAUAUUUCUUUGAUCCGGAAGCCGCUGGCGAGAUUAAUGGCCUUUUGGCUGGUCCAGCCUUGGCUGGAAAUGAGUCGGCAAGCGUGGUGAUUUUGUCCUGGGCCAUCGUGUUGCAACAGAUUCGCCGGUCCGCCUUGGAAUCUCGAGAUCACCGUGAAGGGAGCACACAGACCCGACUGACAGAUGGGGUCGCAACUUUUGACGCGGCAACUGGACGUCGUGCGUCUAGUAGUGGUGGGUCUUCCAUCCAACAAUCUGUCUUUGAAGAUGUCUGGGACACAAUCAAAGAAGGCAGCCCAGAUGAUCCAGCGACCAACGAGAAGCUGGAGAUGGUCGACCUUAUGCUUGAAGCGGCUGUUGGACAUUGCCAUGCAUUCGAUUUCAUUGCCGAUUUAGGUCUCGAGACCCAGAGUGCCACAACAAUGCUUUCUGCCUACAAACUACAAACCCUGCAAGAGCUUGUUACUGUUUCACUUCCCUUUCUUAGCUACACACCAGAGUUAGUCUCAGCCCAGCUCGCGCUAAUGGCCCCCAAGAAGUCUCCCCAAGUCGGUCCAAUUCUAUUCGACUCGACGAUGGCGAUGCUAGAGGAUGACUCAUUACUUCAAGGAUUCUAUGAAGUCUCAGCAGCGAGAUUUCCAUACGAGGCACUGCCCUUUCUGAAAUUCUCCAAGGAAUUGGCAAAGGCCAAGGUUUUUGACCAUGGGGUUCACUUCGUGGAACACCGAUUGAGGAGCCUCGACAGUUUCACGCAGGCCGCAAUUCGAGACGUCGAGUUCAAUACCACACGGGAAAACGAAAACGCGAAUCUGGUCACCCUCACCAAGGCUGUGAACCUGCUUGAUAUGUCUCAGCACCUGCUACUCGCUUAUUCCGAACGGCAGCCACAGACCGUGGAACUUAUGCCUCCAAAUACCAUUGGAAAUGUCAUUUCUGGUGACUCCCAGCUCCCCGUAAUCAGAUGGCAGCAUGAGUAUUCUGGCUUCGGCUACAUUGGCAAACUCCUCGAAAUGUACUACAUGGGCUUGGCACCGACUGUACUCUCGAACUUCGAAUCUUGUGAAGAAGUAGCUGCCGAAGUCUUAUCCUUGGUAGCUGUCCUGCUGACAACAGUGUUCUCUGAACAUCCAACGAGUACACAUGAAGCUCAACGACAUGCGACUCGAAUCCUCGAGGAGCUAAGCACCCACCUGGGCCAGGACACUGAUUUUGUGACACUUGCUUUCGAGAUCCUUGAGCAGGAGUUACAAGCAUUCCGACGACGUUCGGUGUCAAGCUUUGACUGCAGAGUUCUGACCGCGUGCCUCGACUUUGUCAUCAUUUACACCAAGAUUCGACCAGGUCAAGUUUGGCCAGCCAUCAACCGGACGAGCCUGUUCAAUCGGCAGAUUGAAGGAGGCCUCAUAAUGGGCAUCAUCUCCGUAGUGGAAAUUCCUCUCCGCAAGUAUGACCUUUUGGAGCGAUGCUCUGUUCUGCACCACACUCUGAUCAAAUUGGCCCUUCAUCCACCACUCCGUGAUGAUGCUGUAUCGAAAAUGGAACCGGCAAGAGGUACAAUAACCCACAAGUCCUUCCUCUCUCGGAACCAAGCUCCCACUCUGCUCGCAUCGACAGAAAUCAUGUUUGGCGUCUUUCAGCAAAUUCAGGAUUGGCCUUUUGCAGACCAGGAGCAAGCCGCUCGAAUCCGAUCACGCCUCGCGAAGGCAUUUUCCGACACAAUAUCAUUUGCGUUCAACUUUGGAGAUUCGGUGAAGUCAUCCCAAGAGACAUCUGUCCCCUUCAUGCCAGCUGCAGAGUUCCUGGUGAAUGCACUCCGGUUCCCUUUGACAGACAAUGUCUCCAUGGGACCCAUAAUCAAAUUCUUCCUGGACGUGACGUUUACUGAAUGCGGCCCAGAAGAGGAUGAUGCUGAAGGCCAGGUUAAAGCUGGCUUGGAGCUGGCUAUUCUAGUCACUAGGUACGGCCAAGUCCAGGAUUUGCCACUGUCCUCACACGAGAUUCAAAUGUUUCAUACUCUACCAGUCUUAAUACGCAUCCUCCACUCUUACCCACAGAUACGACCAACGACUCUGAUACUACUCCGCUCUCUCUUGACUUGUAUUGACAACAACAAACCGUCAUCAUUGCUCGCGGUCCUUGGCUCGACGUCAUCUCUCGACUUCCUCCAUUUGCUAAAACACAUUGAUCAGUCAUCCAUCUCGAGCAAAUCACGGGAUGAGGUCUGGAGACUUUUGCCCCUUCUUGUAAGGGGCUCCCAGCAUUGGUUGGCCACCGUAAUACUCAGUGGUUCUUCUCCAGACGCUUCUAAAAGAGCAAAAGACCUGAAACCGCCUGGGCAGUCACUACGAGGCAUGCCCUUUUUGCAAAUUGCAAUCAAGCAGCUUAUGAACAUCUCUACCUUGCCACAUAACGUCACCAUAUCCAUGCUCAAGUUCGUGCUUCAGGCUCAAUCAACCUGGGCGUGGGUAACGGAAAGUCUUCAGACAUCCGAUGAAUUUUUCGCGAAGACGAUAUCCUUCAUCGUCGAGUCUCGUAUCGAAGAUAAUGAACAGACUAAUAUGGCUCUCCACAACUCAAUUGCUGCUCUAAUCACGGAUCUGUCUACAAUUCACCUCCACCAUUCGAAAUUGGCCCAGGAUCGAAAUGCCAUCAAACAAUACGUACCGCUACUCAGAUGGCUCGGUGAAAACGCUAUCAAAGUCUCGUCCUACAACGCUUCACUGCACGCAAAUUUAAAGAGGAAUUUCGCCGCAAAGUACCGUGGACUUGCUGUCUCUGCGAUCCGGCGCACGGGCCUUAUUGAACGACGCUAUGGGGGGAACUUCUUCUACGAUGUUGAUUUUGCCAGCCGAUUUCUGGGCUCAGACCCAUAUUGGUCCGGUGGGAAAGACAAAGAAGCCGGUAGCUCUUUCUCGUCUGAGUUCCGGCGGGCAAAUGCCAACCUCUCUCUUGUAGACUCACAACUGACCCUUCUGUUCAGUCUUCAACACUUUUGUGUCGAACACUGCGGCCUGUUUGCACAGGAGCGAGAGGAUCAAAAGCUGUUGGCUUUUAUCGUCCAAAGUUGUUUGGUUAGCAACUCGGAGGCAUAUCCACCUGAAAGUCUGUUCGAUGACUUGUUUCAGACGCGAGCAGACUUGUCUAUUGCGUUAUUACAGACACUCCUCUCCGUUAACGCAAAGAGCUCCAGCAUUUCGGGUUUGCUCGAGCCUGCCUGGAGUGCUGUCAGAGCUCGCAGUGGCUCGUAUGAACUGGCUAUUAUCAACAAUGACCUCCUCUACUGGCGAUCAAUUCUCUAUGUCCUUUUGAUGGUCGUUCGAUUUCACGUCAACAGAAGUCCAAAAUCAACAACGGUGCCAGGGACAAAUACCUCAGUAAUUGCACUGGAUCCUGCAAAUGUCACUUUUCUGGAGAUUGCGUCACGCCUUGUCACAGAUGGAUUCAAGACAGUGGUGUCGACACUCCAGGAGCAGAAGCUUAGUCCUUCCAAAAUCAGUAAAGAGGGUGGCACUCUGGUGGGUGAGCGAGAUGUCUGCUUGCUGAUGACAAUAUUGCAAACAAUCUUGAGACUACCGAAUCUUUCACAGUUCUCUUCAGAACUAUCGAAUCGCAUUUCUUCCUCGGGAAUGAUCUCAUCUUGUUUGCUGCUCUACUCCUGGUCACAUCUACUCACGAGACCCGAAGAUGACCACGAGCCUCGAUAUGCGGAUUUGUGUGCCCAAAUAUUGGCAUCUGUCUCAUCGCUUCCGCUUGUUGCGGAAGAACUGGCUAUCGAAGGAGUUCUCAGUCGAAUACUGAGUUCAAAGACAACCGAGGUGCUGCAACGAGUACCAGGAGGCGUAUCUCAUCAUGACCAGAGACCCCACUGCACAACUCUGUAUAAGAUAUGGGCUGGUGGUCUUCUGCCCCUUUGCUUAAACCUCCUCCACGCCGUGGGUGGUGGUAUUUCCGAGGAAAUUUCCAGUUUCUUGAACUCAUUCCCCAACCAACUUGCAAGAGCCAGCGGUAGUUUCAUGCUGACUCUCCAUACACGCAAGGAAGGCACAGAUGUCUUGACUUUGCCUGUGGUGAACGAAGCCAGCACGCUUGCACUCAUCUCUUUCAUGCUAUCGUCUUAUCGACAAGCAGGUGCGUCUGCGGCAGUGGACCCUGAGAAUGUCCUUCCUCUGGCCGGAUAUGACGAGCACAGAAAGGCGAUCAUGGAUGACUUAAGGGACGUCUUGGCACUGAAACCGGAGCUGAGGAAGAGGAUGACCGUACCCACCGAUGAGCGCGAAGCAGCGGCGCAGAAAGCUGGUAAUGGCGAUGAAUUGGACGCCAAAAUUACACGAGAAAUUCGCCUGGCGCUGGCGGCUCUACGAAGGGAAGGCGAUGAUGACGAGAGAUCAUGACUAGCCAAGGCAGAUAGAAACCAGUUGGUUGAGGGACCAUUCUCUUGUCGCGGCGAUGCAGAUGGUACGUCAACUUGAUGAAUUGUAUGAUACAAGGCCCAUCCUGAUUGUCGACAUUGCCGCUAUGAUCAUUGGGAUCCCUGCACGACACAGCGGGCUUCAUCUGGCCUUUGGAACAUGAAUGGUAUAAAUGUGGAGGCAGGCAGUGAUUCUCAGACACAAGAAAUGAAAGGCAUGAAGAGAGGCAAAAAGCGGCGAAGCACAAAAUGUUCAAGGACUUUGAAGGCUCUAUCUCUGAGUAUAGCCGCCAUCAAUAAAUAACGAUGUUCCUGUGACAAAGGAACUUCUCCCACCACAGAGAUAAACGAUGCCAUCCGCAAUUUCUUGAGCUGUGCCCAUUCUCUUCAUGGGCACCUCGGUGGCAACCUUGUCGGCGGUGAUUUGUCGGACUAAAGGGUUGACCAUGGUCAUGGGGGUCUCUGUAUAGCCCGGGCAGAUGGCAUUGAUGCGGAGACCGUCUUUAGCAUAAUCCUCUGAGGCGGUCUUGGUGAGCCCGAGGACGCCGUGCUUGGAGGCGGUGUAUGCGGUGGACAGAGGGACACCCACGGCCCCAAGGAUGGAUCCCAAAUUGACGAUGCUUCCUCUCUGGAGCGGGCGUCCAUCGAUGGUCGAUUUGAUGGGUUCUUGUUUUAGCAUGAUGCCUGCGCCGGCGCGGAGGACAAAGAAGGUUCCCGUGAGAUUGAUGUCAAUUACUCUCUGCCAGUCUUGAGUCUCGGCAUAUGCGGCACCUCCUUCAUGUUUCUUUGCAAUGCCCGCUGCGUUGAUAAUAUAGUCAAUUCGGCCAAAUGUCUGAGCAAUAUCGUUGACCACCUGGUUAACUUGCUCUUCGUCUCGCACAUCAAGAAUUCUCGUUUCGAUCUGGACCUGGCUGGAACUCGUGGCUGCUUGUUGUUGACUUUCAAUCUCACCCUUGACUCGAAGCAGUGCUUCUUGAUUGAUAUCCAGCAGCGCUACCCCUUUAGCACCGUCGCGGGCUAGUGUAAGGGCACAUGCUCGACCUAUACCUGAUGCUGCCCCAGUAAUCAGCGCAUAGCCUGAUACGUCCAUCUCUUGUGCUGGAAGCUGAUAAAAUUGACCUGAAUGCAAUUAGAGUAUUGAUUGGACACAAGAAAAGCAGAUCCUAUAUCCAAGAGUGCAAAAUGUGUUGUUUUUGCGGCUCACAAUCUCAACUCAUACCUCGGGCCUGCUCUAGACUUUAUGGUAGAUCGUGAAUGGGAGUGCCAGUGUGGGGGCCUCUGGGCUUUUGUAUCUGUUGACAUGAACCUUUCUCUAACUCCCAAGGCAGUUCUCCGCACUUGACAUGAUGGAGGUACGUUGAUCCUCGGGAAUUGCUCAGGCUUGACUCUGAGCCUAAGUAGUUACCCUCGAAAUGAAUGCCGGAAAAAUUCUUGAUCCAAUACUGAGUCGAACAAGGGCCUGGGCCAAAAUUCAACGCUCGAUCAUAGAUGUGUUGGUUACGCUACGCAAUACCAUGUUGCUAUCUACAAG